AUGAUAAUGUCUUCAAUCUCGCUGCACCUAUCCCUAUCUUGCCCAAAUUUUGCUGCCUUCCCUAUAUAAGGGUGUCAACGAUUUCGCAUUUUUUGUAGGAACAUGAGCGGAAACAAAGACGACCCAAUAGAUGGGGCUAUGUCUCCCUUUCUUUUUAUACCAUCCCUAUAUGCCACAGGAUUUUUUAUUUACUUGUUGUAUUGUACAGUUUGCUAGAUGAUAAACGAAAGGAGCUGGGCGAUGCUGCUAACAAGCUCCGCAACGGGCUCGAAAAGCUGGUGGACACGAAACUGAAAGUGGAGCAGAUGUCCGUGGAGUUGGAAGAGACGAAAGUCCAGCUGGCCACCUUCCAGAAGGAGUGCGACGACUACCUCAUCAUCAUCGUCCAGCAGAAGAGAGAUGCCGAGGAGCAGGAGAAGACAGUCGCUGCUCACAGCGUGAAGAUCGCCGAGGAGGAGGCCAAGUGUAAGGUGUUGGCCGACGCAGCACAGAAAGACCUGGACGAAGCUCUGCCUGCUCUCGAGGAGGCCAUGAAGUCGCUGGAAGCUCUCAGAAAGCAAGAUGUGGGAGAGAUUAAGGCCUACACAAAGCCACCCGAGCUGGUCGAAACGGUGCUGAUUGCAGUGAUGAUUCUCCGCUUGUCAGAGCCCACGUGGGCCGAGGCGAAACGCCAACUUGGAGACCCAAACUUCAUCAAGAGUCUGGUUAAUUUUGACAAGGACAACAUCAGCGACAAGACGCUCAAGAGAAUCGGGCAGUUCUGCUCGAAGCCCGAUUUCAAGCCCGACGUCGUCGGUCGCGUGUCUUUCGCAGCCAAGAGUCUCUGCAUGUGGGUCAGAGCAAUGGAAGUCUAUGGCCGCAUAUUUAAAGUUGUGGAACCCAAGAAAAAGAGGCUGAAUGAUGCCAACACAAAACUGGCAGAGAAGCAAGCGUCUCUCGCCGAGGCCCGAGCCAAGCUCCAGGCAGUGAAGGAGAAGCUGGAGUCCCUUCAGAACCAGUAUGAGGAGAAGCUGGUCCAGAAAGAGGAGCUGAGGAAGAAGGCAGAGCUGACGGAGCAGCGACUGGAUCGAGCCGCCAAACUGGUGCAGGGUCUUGGUGGAGAGCGGGUCCGCUGGGAGGCUAGUGUCAAGAAUCUGGAGGAGAUGAUGGGGUAUCUGGUGGGAGACUGUCUGGUGGGUGCGGCUUUCAUGUCCUAUGCCGGCCCAUUCCUGUCUGACUAUCGAGACGAGCUAGUUCAGGAAACCUGGCUAAAACAGAUUCGAGAGCUGAACAUUCCCUGCAACCCAUCGUAUUCCUUUGUCACCUUUCUCUCCAAACCUACCGUCGUCCGAGACUGGAACAUCCAGGGCCUACCCUCUGAUCCCUUCUCCACAGAGAACGGCGUCAUUGUCACAAAGAGCAGUCGAUGGCCGUUGAUGGUUGAUCCACAAGGACAAGCGAUCAAGUGGAUCAAGAAUAUGGAAAAGUCAAAGAGCCUGAAGGUGAUAGAUCUGCAGCAGCCUGACUUCCUACGGACGCUGGAGAAUGCUGUCCAAUUCGGAAGCCCUGUGCUCUUGCAGAACGUUGGAGAGGAGCUAGACCCUUCUCUUGGGCCAAUCCUCAACAAAUCUCUCAUCAAGAAAGGUAACCGACUGAUAAUUCGUCUCGGGGACAAGGAAGUUGACUAUAAUGCCGACUUCAAGUUCUACAUCACAACCAAACUCAGCAACCCUCACUAUGCUCCCGAGAUCUCCACCAAAACCACCAUCGUCAACUUUGCCGUGAAGGAACAGGGCCUGGAAGAUCAGCUGCUGGGUAUAGUGGUGAGAAAAGAGAGGCCCGAACUGGAGGAGAGCAAAGACAAGCUAGUGGUAAACAUUGCUUCGAGUAAGAAGAAGCUUGCAGACUUGGAGGAUGAAAUUUUGAGACUGCUGAGCACAGCACAGGGAUCUCUGCUGGACGAUGAAGUGCUGGUCAACACUCUACAGUCCAGUAAGAAGACGUCUGAGGACGUCUCGGAGCAAUUGGUGGUGGCUCAACAGACGGAGGCAAAGAUUGACGCUGCAAGAGAGGGUUAUCGUCCAUGUUCGAGGCGAGCAGCUAUUCUCUUCUUUGUGAUGAACGAUAUGGGCCGGAUCGACCCCAUGUACCAGUUCUCUCUUGACGCGUAUAUCGAGCUCUUCUCAAACUCCAUUGACAAGAGCCUGAAGCACCCUCGCCUCGAGGAUCGCAUCCAGAACCUAAAUGAUUACCACACCUUCGCAGUCUACCAGUACACCUGCAGGGGACUGUUCGAGCGACACAAGCUCUUAUUCUCGUUCCAGAUGUGUGCCAAGAUCCUUGAAUCUGCGGGAAAACUCAACUUGGACGAGUACAACUUCUUUCUUCGUGGAGGAAUUGUCUUGGAUAGAGAGGCACAGAUGGAUAACCCUUGCAAGUGGCUGAGUGCUGUGGCGUGGGACAACAUCACUGAACUUGACAAACUGGCAAGCUUCAUGGGUAUAGCCAACUCGUUCGAGCAGUACCCUCGCGACUGGCACCAGUGGUUCACCUCAGCCGAGCCAGAAAACACACCGCUUCCAGGUGAAUGGGAGAACUCCUGCAAUGAGCUGCAGCGAAUGUUGAUAGUUCGCUCCAUGCGACCCGACCGUGUCCCCUUCUGUGUCACAACCUUCAUCAUCAACAACCUCGGAUCAAAGUUUGUGGAGCCGCCAGUUCUCCGCAUGUCGGAGGUGGUUGAAGACUCAACUUGUAAGAUUCCACUUAUCUUCGUCCUGUCCACUGGAGUGGACCCCACUAAUGCAUUGCUGACACUAGCCGAACAGUCGGGCAUGGACAAACGCUUCCAGGCUCUCUCUCUUGGCCAAGGGCAGGCCCCCAUCGCCAAGAGAAUGAUAGAAAACGGAGUGAAAGAGGGUCACUGGGUGUUUCUGGCCAACUGCCACCUCUCUCUGUCCUGGAUGCCUCAACUAGACAAACUUGUGGAGGAGGAGCUGCAGGUUCACACUCCCCACAAAGAUUUCCGCCUGUGGCUGAGCAGCACCCCUCACCCUGGCUUUCCAAUUGCCAUCCUUCAAGCCGGCAUCAAAAUGACAACGGAACCGCCCAAGGGUCUGAAGGCAAACAUGAAGCGACUCUACCAGAUGGUGGACGAGGGGUCGUUCCCUCGCUGUCAGUGCGACCACAAGUACAAGAAACUCCUCUUCACCCUCUGCUUCUUCCACUCCCUGCUCAUCGAGAGGAGAAAGUUCCUCAUGCUGGGCUGGAACAUCAUCUACGGCUUCAAUGACUCCGAUUUUGAGGUAUCGGAGCACCUUCUGAGCAUCUAUUUGGACGAGUAUGGGGAUACUCCGUGGGACGCACUCAAAUACCUGAUUGCCGGUGUGAACUAUGGCGGUCACGUGACCGACGAUUUUGAUAGACGAGUCCUCUACACCUACAUUUCAGAGAUGUUCAACGACGAAAUUCUAGAGCAACCUUACCACAAAUUGUCAACUCUGGACACCUAUUAUGUACCAAAGGAUGGGUCCCUUCAAUCCUAUAAGGAGUAUAUAGAGCACCUACCAACUGGAGACCACCCAGAGGCUUUCGGGCAGCACCCCAAUGCCGAUAUCGCCAGCCAGAUUAAGGAAACCAGGUCAUUGCUGGAGACGCUGGUAUCCCUACAGCCUCAGAGAUCAGUAGCACAAGGGGAGAGCAAAGAGGACAAGGUGCUGAAUCUCUCAGCAGACGUGUUGCGACACGUCCCAGACCCCAUCGACUACGAAGCUACAGCCAAACUAGUGUCAGAUGACAUGAACCCCCUCAACGUAGUGCUUCUCCAAGAGAUUGAGCGGUACAACAGUCUCCUGAAGACCAUUCGAAGCUCGCUAGUCGAGCUUGAGAAAGGCAUCAAGGGCUUAGUGGUGAUGUCGUCCGAAUUGGAAGAAGUGUUUUCGUGCAUACACAAUGCCCAAGUACCGCCGCUUUGGGGAAAGGCAUACCCAUCCCAGAAGGCCCUGGGGUCCUGGACCAGAGACCUCCUGCAGCGAGUGGAGCAGUUCUCGACGUGGGCCACAACCACCCACCCUCCCGUCCUCUUCUGGCUCUCAGGGUUCACCUUCCCCACCGGGUUUCUAACAGCCGUCCUCCAGACAGCAGCCAGGAAGAACAACGUUUCGGUGGAUUCUCUGUCAUGGGAGUUCCAAGUGUCACAUCUGGACGACAGCAAUCUCACCGAGCCUCCAAAGGAUGGUGUCUGGAUCAAAGGACUGUUCCUGGAGGGAGCUGGCUGGGACAAGCGGGCUGGGUGUCUGGUUGAGGCUAGCCCAAUGCAGCUCGUCUGCCCGAUGCCAACCAUUCACUUCAAGCCAGCAGAGACCAAGAGACGAAGUGCCAAAGGUAUCUACUCUUGUCCCUGCUAUUAUUUCCCUAAUCGCUCUGGAGGUAGUGGCAGGCCAUCGUUUGUCGUCACAGUGGAUCUGAAAUCCGGUCAGUCGUCAUCAGAACACUGGGUGAAGCGAGGCACAGCUCUCCUAAUGAGUCUUGAUAACUGAUAAACUGUAUCUUCACUUUCAUGUUCUGGCAGCCGCUUCACUUAUUGUGUAUUGUCUAUCCAAUGCAGCAGUAUUAUUUUCUUUUCUUUGUGUUAUACCAGUUCAAUAAUGAUGUCUGAAUAUAAUUAUAGUGUCGAAAUGGGGGUGGAUGAGAUACACGGAAAAAAACUGGCCGAAUAAUGAUACAAUUGAUGACAUACCUGGAAGUGAUGACACGUGUGUUGAAUGUGUGGUGGCACAUAAGCACCAAAUCUGAUUUCCUUUACACAAUAUAAAGAAGUUAACAGUUGGCACAAACACUUACUGGACAAAACAAAUUGGACGUAAAGAGCAAGCAAAUGUGAUUUAUAGAGUGGACUCUGUGUAUCUGUGUGUAUGCGUUCAGCUGUUCAUGAAGUACAAGUGUUCAGUAGAUACGUGUCUCUUUGGCUUUGGUGGAGCAUCUUGGCUCAUUGUGGUAAGGUCUGGUGCGGCUGCAGCACGUCGUGGUACAUCAUACUGAGUAUUUGUAAACGGAAUGGUCACUUUGUACGCAUAUCCCUUGAUGUUGUUCGUUGGUUCUUUGUGGACCGGGAGCGCACUACCAGGGAGAUAGCUGGGGUGAGAGCGAGUCUGGUAGUCUACGAGAUUCGAACAAGUCUCGAGAAUUGUGUCCGGAUCGGAGUAUUCGUGAUCUAGGUCGUCUAAGGUGAACAUGUAGGCCUUGUUCAGAUCUCCAAGCCUGUCACGGGCUUCCUCCAUGAUCUCUUCGUUUCGCUCCUUACGCGAGGCUGCGAGCACUUUGCUCAGCUUCUCUUCCUCCUCAUUGAGUCGUUUCAGGAAGUCGUUGCUGGCUUUUUCCAAGUGACGGUCGCUACUGUUCAAACACACUGAUGCCGUUCGGGGUCGAUAGACUCCACCAUUCUGAAUGACAUCUCUUGUGCGAUUGGCAAAGCUUGUAGCCAUCGGACCAUCUAGUAUAUCAGAGCUGCUCUGGAACCUUUUCCUGGAGCCUGUGUCCCUUACUGCCAAGGCGUGGUUCUUGGGCAGACGUGUAACUUGGGCUUCUCUCUUCCCUGGCCCUGCCUUUCGUCUGGGAAAAGCAGAUAUCCAUGCUUCCGCAUAGUCUUCCUCCCUGUCUUGAACAUCGGUCCCUGCUGUGUAUUUUUGGUGCGAAGGCGACAGAAUUGCAGGAGAUCCAAUUGGAGAAGUUCUGGCGUGAUUGGGGGAGGGCGACGCUAAAGCGUGAUGAUUUGGGGAGGGCGACGCUAAAGCGUGAUGAUUUGGAGAGGGCGACGCUAAAGCGUGAUGAUUUGGAGAGGGCGACGUUAAAGCGUGAUGAUUUGGGCUCCUUGUGACUGCAGUAGUGUCUACGUCGUACUGGGGAGAGGGAGGUGAGGGCAUGAAUGGAUCGGAGAGAAAUUCACAGUUGGGGACGUCGUAUAUGACGUCGUCCACUGCCUCUGUAGACUCUUCCAGAGUUUUCAGUUUGUUGUAAGUGUUUCUUCUCUCCUUUGGUUCCUGCUCUGUUGAGUAAACUGUGGCAGUUUCGCCAGAAGGAACAGUUGCAGUGAGAUUUGGAGAAGUUUCAGUUGUGUGUUGGGUCUCUAUGGUAUACUCUUCUGGACGGAUCAUUCUUGCCGGGGCACUGUGAUCUAUCAGAGCAUACUGGACCCUCCCGUGGUUUGGAAGCAUCAGUUUGACAGGCGAGCUCUCUGCUGGUGGAGAUGAGGGGAGGUUAUCGCUUCGUCUUCGCAUGGGAGUCUCGUCGCUCUGUCUUCUUCUGAAAACGGGGUGUCGUUCCAGUUCCUCUUCCCCGGGAGGAAAGUGGACUUGGUGGCGCGGUGAGCGAAACGGGUUUGACCUGUAACUGGAUGUC